AUGCCUGGUUCCUUAGGAAGAUGUCAGAUGGACGACUAUGCUUAUGUUCCAAAGAUAACUUGUCUGUUGCAGAUGAUAGUACCUUCUAGAGCCAAGGUGGCCUUUAGGGGAGGGCUUUGGGUUAACCAACAUAAGGAGGGAAGGGCUCAGGUUCGAGUCCCGUUGUUGACAAUUCCUCUUAAUAGGUAA